GUCCUGUACGACCUUCCCUGUCUCUUGGUGUACUGUGCGCGUACGGCUGUUUUGCGCCCGGCAGGAAUCAUUCUUCGCGGUUCAGUUGUCUAAUGCUAUUUCGCAAACAAGCCAACGCGGUUCUUCGCGUUCCAGCGCAUUGUAACACGACGGCAACAGUUUUUGGGUGCAGUUAAACCACCAUCCCGUGAGAAGAGAGAGAGAGUCCACCGUUAUCUGUGGGUGGCGAAUCGCAAGGUGAGGACUCCCUGCGUACGGAGGGAGAUCACCAUUGAAUACGGUGGCGCAAUCAUCUGCAAAACAGCAUCACCGUCACCGGUAUCAGAGCAGAUUAAGGGCACCACACUGCAGUCCGAAGAGUGGGGAAAGAACUGCUGCAGGAACCAUCGAUCUACAGGCAGCAGCAACAGCAACAAUCGUGUGCUGUGUGUGGACCCGACCCUGCAGAGAUUGCCGGGCGGGUUUGGUAUAUAAAGCGAACGACACCCCGUGCGCCGUUCGACAGUUGCCGAUCUGGUACGGAUCCAUGUAGAGUAAAACCAAAGCUCCAGUUUUGCCACCCGAAUCGACAUCUGUGUGCGUGUGUGUGUGUGUGUGUGUGCUGUUGUUUGAAAGCAUAUUGGUGGUGGUGGCCUCCCAUUCGAACCGUCGCUUACCGGGACGAUUGACUGUGUGAUCUGCUGCUGCGUGUCUGCUCCCACUCUUUGGCAAGCUUAGUUUUGCUCUCUAAUAUAAGAGCACUAUUAUACCCCUUUGAGGAGCGAGGAGAAGGAAGUGGUGGGUAAGACACCACCGCCAGAGACAGUCUGACCUGUGGCUGUGGCCGGCCCAUGCGUUCAGUGGUGCAUUGGUAGUGUCUGCAGCAGUGCCAUGGUGUUGCGGUUCAGAAGGCGAUGGUAACUCGAUUGUGAUUAUAUACCUAUUGGACAGUUGGACUAACCAUACCACAGCGCCUACUACUGUGUGUUGCGAUCGCGGUGCCAAGGGACAUACCGUGCGGUUUCGAAAGUUUAGUGCCCUCCAGAGGUGUGGAGGUAUAUCUUGUGAGAGAAACAAACUUUAAAAACACAACCCUGGUAAUAGUAGUGUAUCGAGUGGAUAGGUGGGUAAGCAAGAAACUUGUUUCACGCUGGACACGUUGAUUGAUGAGUGAGCCUCUUGGUGGACCUAAACAUCGCAUCCAGAUCAAGAAGCAAUUCAGCAACAUUAUCUGUCGUUUUUUUUUGUUCGUUUACUAAGUGAUCUGAAUUUACGCCCGGAAGAUUCUGUUUUGUACGCUUCAUAGGAACAUCUAACUCCAGAAAUCCACAAAUAUGAUGCAGCUCUUCAAUCUAACCACCACCUCCCUGUUCGUUGCCCGCACGGUAAGCAGCAUUAAGAAGAUGCCUUGCCCGUUCCUGACCCGUCUCAGCACGAGCUACGUGCGCAACUAUGCGCCGGCCCUGCUCAAAACGUACGGUGCCCAGUGCCCGGUGGUGCAGCGCACCAUCUCCACCCUGCAGGGUGGUGCGCCGGCGGCCGGCGGUGCGGUUGGUUCCGGCGCCCAGGAGACGCCCACCACCACCGUCAAGAAGGAUGCGUCGACCGAGGCCCGGCGCAGCCUGAGCUCGAUGCAGCAGCCGCAUCCGGUGCAGCAGCAGCAGCCGGCCGCCGGGAACAAGUGUCCGUUCCUGAGCACGGCCGCACCGCACGUGAAGAAGCUCGGCGCGGAAAGCGUGGAGAUACCGGCGGAACGCACGUUCCAGUACGAGGACUUCUUCCACGAGCAGAUCCUGCGCAAGAAGCAGGACCACUCGUACCGGGUGUUCAAGAAGGUGAACCGGCUGGCCGCCGACGGGCAGUUCCCGCGGGCGCUCGAGUACUCCUGGGGCGAGCGGCCGAUUACGGUGUGGUGCUCGAACGACUACCUCGGCAUGUCGUGCCAUCCGGAGGUGAAGCGGGCGGUCGCCGACGCGCUCGAAACGUACGGCACCGGGGCGGGCGGUACGCGCAACAUUUCCGGCAACUCGAUGAACCACGAAAACCUGGAGCGCCGGCUGGCCGAGCUGCACCAGAAGGAGAGCGCGCUGCUCUUCACCUCCUGCUUCGUGGCGAACGAUUCGACGCUGUUCACGCUGGCGAAGGCGCUGCCCGGGUGUCACAUCUUUUCCGACGCCGGCAACCACGCCUCGAUGAUACAGGGCAUCCGCAACAGUGGCGUGCCGAAGCACAUCUUCCGCCACAACGAUCCGGCGCAUCUGCGCGAGCUGCUGCAGCGCGUCGACCGGUCGCUGCCGAAGAUAGUCGCGUUCGAGACGGUCCACUCGAUGUCGGGCGCGGUCUGUCCGCUGGAGGAGCUGUGCGAGAUCGCGCACGAGUACGGUGCGCUAACGUUCGUGGACGAGGUGCACGCGGUCGGGCUGUACGGCGAGCAUGGGGCGGGCAUUGGCGAGCGCGAGGGCCAGCUGCACAACAUGGACAUCAUUUCCGGCACGCUCGGGAAGGCGUUCGGCAACGUCGGCGGGUACAUUGCCGGGACGGCGCUGCUGAUUGACAUGAUCCGGUCGUAUGCGGCCGGGUUUAUCUUUACCACCUCGCUGCCACCGACCGUACUGUGCGGUGCGCUGAAGGCGGUCGACAUUCUCGCGUCGGAGGAGGGCCGCGAGCUGCGCGCCCGCCACCAGUCGAACGUGCGCUAUCUGCGCCAGCGGCUGCAGGAGGAGGGCUUCCCGGUGGAGCAUACGCCGAGCCACAUCAUUCCGGUGAAGAUCGGCAAUCCGCAGCAGUGCACCGAGCUGUCGGACCGCAUGAUACAGCGCUUCGGGCAUUACGUGCAGGCGAUCAACUAUCCGACGGUGGCGCGCGGUGAGGAGAAGCUUCGGCUGGCUCCGACGCCUCACCAUACGCGCGCCAUGAUGGACGAGCUGGUGCGCGACAUGAAGGUGGUCUGGCAGGAUCUCAAGAUGCCGCUGGGCGGCAAACACUGCCCGGAGGAGUGUGCCUUCUGCCGGAAGCCGCUGCUGUUCGAUCGAUUCGAGGCGCGCACGAGCGCUGGCGCGUCCAGCUGCGCCCAGGAGCUCCACUGCCAGAUACCGAACUGCCCGCAGAUCGCUGCCGUGGCCAAUUAGAGAGAGAGAGAAAGCGGUGUGAGAGCGCAAAAUUGCUUCCAUCGAGGUGUAGGUGUGCUCUCGGGGAAGGGAAAAGAUGGUACACUUUUGGGGUGAUCGCUUCGGUGUUGGGAAGCUGUACACAAGCAGACAACCAGGCAAAAAGAGUAUAAUAGUCCUUCUUUCCGGUUGUGUCGAAGACGCAAUGACAUAUCGACAUGCCGAAUCAAAAAACUCGUAUUAUUUUUGGACACAAUCUCCCCUUUCCGGUUAUCUUCGCCGGAUGAGUGUGUCCUCUGUCUGUCUCUCUCUAUCUCUUUUCCCCCUGCUCGUUAUAUUUAUGUAGGUGCAAUGUUGAAUGUUGUUCCACUGUGUUGUAAGCCAAUGUAACUUGUUAAUUCCGCGUCCAGGCGGGCAUUUUUACAAGCAUGUUGCGUUGUGAAAUGGUGACCCACCCUUCUAGGCCUUGCUCCAUUCCAGAGUCGUAGUUACCGAAUUUGU